AUGUUUGAAGACUUCGUACGCCACUCCAAAUACAGACAAGUGGGGUUGAAACGGUCUCGGUUCGAGCACCUCGUGGACCUUCAGGUUCGCCAGAACCUUCUACGAGAGGUUGAACGGAAACGAGGCCGAGACAUUGAGCCUAAGGCUAGGAAAGAGCUUCUACGGCGUGCUAGAGAUAUUAUUAAGGAUAGGCCUUUGCCUGAAGAGACAUAUGAGAUUUGGCAUUCUGGUGAUGUUAAGGAAGAGCCAGAGAGGAAGAAAAGGAAGGGUGAAAAGGAUUUGCAUAAGUUUUCCACCUUGGUGGAUGAGCUUGAACAUGAGGCUCUGAGUAUAGAGACGAGGUUGGCAGAGGAGGGUAAUGGGGAUGAACAGGAAAGUGACAGUGCAUCGGAAAGUGAUAGUCUGUCGGCUAGUUCUAGCGAUGAGGAAGAAGAGACUGAGGUUGAGGAAGAUACAGACCAUCUAGAUGCUGUUUAUGCUGCUAGGAAGCUCAAGAAAUGGGAAAACGACACCGAUACGUCCAGGUCUUGGGCAAAGGAUAGGUUUGUGCUUACGAAAGCAGGCUGGGAGUUCCCUGGUCUUCUUGAAGAGAGGAAAUCUGUGGUGAAGAACCAUAUCUCCAAUGUACUGAACUUGUUACACAUCAACAUGCUACGCCAGCGCUGGGAGCUCGCGUAUAAGGCUUUUUGUAUUCUUAUUCGGUUUGACUAUGUUGAUAUAAGGGCGAUCUGGCCUUUGGGCGUCGAGAUCUUGACGAGAAGGAGAGAGGACAUGAUUCACAAUAAAACAGGCUCGAAGCUUGACUUCUUGAAGUGCAGGCAGUUCUUGGACUGGCUUGGGCUUGUUUAUCCUGUUUUGCCAAAUACAACGUUGACAGCUCACAUGAGAGGUGGCCCAGUGUUCCGUUCUGGAUCUAGGAGACACGCUCCAGCGUUCAUUGCAGCUGGUCUUUGGGAGUUAUUGAUUGAUAAAAGCUAUACGAGACUUAGAGAGUCUCUUGAAGAGUUAUUGCUUGUGCCUCCUUAUUCUAUUGAUGGAAGCUUCUAUUACAUCCAAGCAGUAUGUUGUCUCUGUGAGAACAUCCAUCUUGCUGAUAUGUUCGUUAAAUUUGAUUCUAACAACGGCUUUCCUACUGAGGCAGACAUUGGCGAUUUGGCUGACGAUAUGAUGCUUAUAGGCUCCAAAGAGGCCGUCCAGGCUCGUAUAUUGAGCAACAUUUCAACGAUUGAAGAGCUGGUUGCUUCAUGUGAGUCACUAGGCUUCGAGUACCCUAAGAGCCACUUAGACGAUCAAAUGACUCGUAUAAAGCUGUUCAUGGAAGGUAAGAUUUCUACAUUGGCACCUGAUGUCGCCAGCUUGGAAGCUAGACCCGAGAAGAAGGCUCUCUCCUUGUCCCAUGGCGUUGUUCUGGAGGCUGCUGAAGGUCCACACACCAUUCCUACUAAGUUCUUGGAUAGAUUCGUUAUUCAAGAGAACGAAGCCAGAGUGUCCUGGGUAUGGUACUGGUUUAAGAGAACUGACGGUUCUUCUGCUCGUUGUUUGAAGUGCGGUGAGAAUGUAAAGCGGGAGCUUCAAAGCUCAACCAAAUCGCUUAUCAGACAUUUGGCCAAUCAUAAUAUCAACAACCAGACUGAGGUAACUCGGCACUAUUCUAUCAGAACAGAACUGGAUGGGGAUCCAAGGAAGACCACCAAGAAACCAGUGCCUGAAAAGGCAGCAACGCCGGACACUUCAGACAAUAGGGAUUCAGAUGAUAGUCAUUCAGACGUCGGUGAUUCAGAGGAUGAUUCCAUUGAAAGGGACAAUAAGAGACCUUCCAAGUCCAUCUAUAAGGGAAUUCCCUCUCCACCCAUCACAGCAGGUGACACAAGUACUAAGGUUCUCAAAAAUGGCGGUAAAACAUUGCCAAAAACUGUUAAAAGGUCAAUUCCGGAAUCCUCAUCUUCAUCUUCAUCGGACACCGAGGCUCCACCAGGUCCACCAGUACCUACUGACAUUCCUGAACCUCAAGACGACGCAGUUGAGCUGGCUCCACCACUUAGUGCUCCAGCAUCGCCUGUUGCAGACGACCCAGUCGAUUCUUCCGAAGAUAAAAGGAAUGGUUUGGUCAAGAACGAAUCAAGAUCACCUUCUCCAGCUCCUAUGCCUUUGGAGCCACAACCAGAGUCACCCACUCCUCCUUCUGCAGAGGCCUCGCCAGCUCCAUCGGUUGGAGAUAAUGUGGCUCCAGAGGCAACAACUGAACAUUCGGGCCUUACGCAAUCAGCUAUUGCUUUCAAGCAAGAGCUUGUGGACGAGCUCGAAAAUGAACUCUCACAAGGUUAUCGUAUGGUUCUGUCUCCAGCACUGACGCAUAAUGGACCUGUUACUCCUCCUCCAGUGCCGUUCUCUCCGGAACCAGACUCUCCUGAGUCCCAGACAUUCAUGAGUGUCAAAAGAAAGCCCGUUCGUCGCCAGGUUAAUUUCAGUCCAGAAAGUUCUUUUGCUGAGUCUCAAGGUGAUUCUGAUAUGAGCCUUCGUUUCAGAGAGUAUGCGGACCAGGCUGAAGCUGAUCCAUUCCGUGUGGAUAGAAGCAUGCUUGAGGAUACUGAAGAUGAUAUUACAAACGCUAGCAAGUCUGCUAUCCAGCUUGAAGAGAAUGGACCUCAAAGCCAGGAGUCCAUCCCAGAUACUCUUAGGUUUAAGGAAGAACUGGACGAACAUGAUCUGGUUGCAGAGCCGAGCGAUAAAGACAUGGAACCUGAAGAGCCUCAGAAUUCCGUCAAGGACGAGGACCAAGAACUAGAGCCUCUUGCAAAUGGAACACAAGAGUCACUGGAAGAUCAACAACCUAAUAAUGAAAUUCAACCGCUGGCGCCUUCCUUAGAUUCUGACCAUUUCGAAGAUGCCCAAGAAGACUUUCAACGAGCUCCAGACGAAAUGGAAGAAAGACAACCUCGGCCAUCUAAUUUCGACUCCAGUGACGAAGAAACCCAAUACUACAGCUACCACGAUUCUAUUAAUCCACAAACAAACGAACCACAGGAAAUGGAGUUCGAUUUUGAAUCUGACUAG